GACACGUUUGCCGGAUAACAAGCGAGGAAAACAGGGCUCACGUUCGGCCACAACCCGAGGAGUGCACGGACGCCAGGAUGCGGUGCUCGCUUCUCCGCCGCUGAAGCUUUUCCUCACGGAUCAUCCUGACGCCAGUGACCACAGAACUGGACACUCCACCCCCUCUCUGUCCUAACAUAUUCAUCCUUUCUCUGCUGCUAUUGGUUACGUGGCAAUGAAGGAUCUCGACUUAGAGUCUACAUUAUUACCAGACGCUGCCAGACUUCACAAAAACCAUGUUGUAAGUAGGUUACAUGUCCAUCUCCUUGCUCCUAAUCCUUAUGAAAAGGCCUUCCACUGAGGUCAGCGAGCGCACACAGCGUGGGGAAUGAUGGUGGCGCCACUCUACAGGCUGCAAUGUCUCUUGAAGCGAGCCCAGGUGCUGCUGCUCUGCCUGGGCAUCGCUUAUCUGAUGGCGGGCAGCAUCCUGCUCCUGCAGCGGUCCAGCAUCAGACUCACCCAGUCACACCUCGCUGGCAGCCUGCCGCCCAUGCUGUCCCUCCCCGCGCCUCCCACAGCCCUCAGGACCGCAGGGCUGGCCGUGAGGGCGCGCUCCAGAUGGGCCACCAUUCAGUCCGUCUCCGGUGGCGGAGCCAAGGCAGGGCGACAAUGGCCCGCUUCCCGGAGCCCGGGGGUCCAACACUUGCAUCGCCGCUGGUUUCACAGUCUACUGCCAGAGAGUCCAGAGCAGAGAGUCUCCCUCCACAGGAGCAGCAGGCACAAGGGAACCUACAUGGGUUGCUUUCUGCACAAUGCCAGUGAUCGAGCCCUGGGAGGAACCAUGCUCUAUGACCUGCGCAAAAUGACCAGUUCUCUGUGUCAGGACACCUGCUCAGAAAGUGGUUACCAGUUUGCAGGUCUGGAGUUUGGAGCUGAAUGCCACUGCGGGAAUCGCAUCAGUAGUGCGCGGGCUCCCGAGGAGGAUUGUAGUCUGGUGUGUCGGGGUGAGAGAGGGUCACCGUGUGGCGGUGUGGGUCGACUCUCCAUUUACAAGGUGGAGGAGCAGCUGCCAGGUCACAGAAAAUUCAGAAAUGUUCACUAUCGCGGCUGCUUCAAGUUGCCAAAGAGCACCGUCGACACCUUCCCCGUCUCCGUCUCUCAGCCCAACGCAACGACGCAGUCCUGCAUCGAGACCUGCACCGAUAAGGAGCUUCCUCUGGCUGUGUUCAAGAAGCCUCACUGUUUCUGUACAUGGAUGUCGCCGGUGUUCACGCUCAACUCAGCUCUCAACGACACCAGCAACUCCACACCCAGUGCAUCCACCGAGCACGACCACUACCUGGUGUAUCACACGCCCGUGCUUGACUCCAGGUGCAAAGAGAGAAUGUUUCUGCCUCAGAGAUCCAGCUCCCUGGUGGCUCUGUCGAGUUUUCCUGGUGCAGGCAACACCUGGGUACGGCAUCUCAUCGAGCUUGUGACCGGCUACUACACUGGCAGCUUCUAUUUCGAUGGCAUGUUGUACAACAGAGGCUUCAAAGGUGAGAAGGAUUACUGGAAGAGCGGCCGCAGCAUCUGCGUAAAGACCCACGAGAGCGGUCAGAAGGAGAUUGAGAUGUUCGAUUCUGGCAUCCUGCUGAUUCGAAACCCUUAUCGCUCCCUCAUGGCCGAAUUCAAUCGCAAGUGCGCCGGACACUUGGGACACGCCACAGACACACAGUGGAAGAGUAAAGACUGGCCAGAAUUCGUCUCCAGCUAUGCCCCCUGGUGGGCAUCCCACGCACUGAGCUGGCUGAAAUUUGGACGCCGUCUAUUGGUGGUGCACUACGAGGAGCUGCAGAGAGCUCUUCUCCCUCAGCUCCGUCUCAUCACUGCGUUCCUAAAUGUCACCAUGACGGAGGAGAGGCUGCUUUGUGCCCAGAGCAACCAGGACGGGCAUUUCAAACGCUCGGGGACCCAGCAGCCCUCCUUUGACCCCUUCACCCCUGACAUGAGACACAUGAUUGACUCCUUUAUCCAUAGCGUUGACCAGGCUCUGCAGAACAGGAACUUGAGUGGACUUCCACAGGAGUACCUCCCCAGAUGAUGAUCUGAAAAGGUUACUCAUGCCUGGUUCAGCAGGACAGUUCUUUAGUGAGUGCUCUGUGGGGACCAGACACACACACACGCACACACACACACUGGCUGAUGGAAAGUGGACCACCUGACUGUUUGAUAAGCCAGGCACACUGUGUUUGGCUGUGGUGUCAUGGAAACGCGGCAGAGGUCACGGGAGAAAAUACGACAAUUCAUUGUGCGAUCCAAUGGCGAACAGUGAUGAAAGCCUCGCGGCCGGGAACUGCCUCUCUGCGAGCGGCAAAGAUGACAAAUAUCCCAGACAGGAUUUGACAAGAUUUGUUGGACUGUAGCGUCGGGAUUAUCCAGCAAAGUGUCUGACUGUACAAAUGUGAGUGUGAAUCCUGGUUGGACUCAUUUUGGUUAAGAAGGGUGUUUUUUUUUUUUUUCCUGUGACUCUUUACAAAUUCACUUUAGUACAUAUUAUGUUUCUAGCAGACGAGCGUGUUAAUAAGAACGACCUGUCAUACUAACACAGAUGAUGGACACAGAAGAAUGACUCUGACGGUACAGUGUUUAUGGAGGAGGCCAGUGCUUGCUACGUGUCAUGGUUGUGACGAAUGAAAGCCUUAAAGCGGGAAUUAUGUCUGGACUCUAUUCAAACGGUACAUGAGGAAAAAUAUGUUGAUUGCAGUGGAUCUGAUCCAAGGUGUUUCAUUUAUGACCUCCUUAUUUUAUUAAACCAGUUCAGUUGGAAUUAAAGGAAGUACAUUUA